AUGACCAAGCCUUACCCAUUCCGCUCGAAAUUCGAUCCUGAUAACCAAGCGAGCCAGAACAUCGAUUGGACAAACACCGCGCCCCUGAUGGCAGACGGCUCUAAUUUCCCUUGCAAAGGCUACCUUUCCGACCUCGACCGUACAGCUCCCAAGGAUACUUUGACAGCCGGGCAAACGUACACGACAGAGUUUGCAGGCACUGCCACGCACGGCGGCGGUAGCUGUCAAUGGGCUCUCUCGUACGACGAAGGCAGAACAUUUGCGGUCAUCCAUUCUGUCAUUGGCGGCUGCCCACUCGCGUCGUCCUACGCUUUUGUCGUACCAUCAGACGCGCCAGCAUCGACGAAAGCUGUGCUGAGCUGGACAUGGUUCAACCGCCUCGGAAAUCGCGAGAUGUAUCAAAAUUGCGCAGUUGUUGCUGUCAAGAACCCGAGGCAAGCUAGCACAUGGUCAGGUCCAGCGAUCGCGCAAGCCAAUAUCUUUGGCAGCAACUGCAUCGCCCCCGAAGGGACGGAAUUCGUCUAUCCGAAUCCCGGCAAGAGCACCGUCUAUGGAGGCUCCUACGUAUCUGGGGCACAACCGAAGUCGGCGAUCAUGACCUCUUGCUCGUUCGACUUUCUACAGAACGUACUCCUCACCGCGCCAGACAUUACAGGCGGCAUGCAUCAGGCCCAGGCAACAUCGAGUGCCGCUCGCAAGAAUCACACGCUUCGCCCGCGGCCUCAAUAUGUCAAACCCAUCCUGUCUAGCACGCGACAUGUCAGCAAGUCCGGAAACACUACCAAGCAGCGUUUGCGGAUGACGAAGAUACAGUCGACGCGUCGACCUACGUCGGUCGCUCUGCCGAAAGCAUGCUCGUACGGUGGCAUACGAUGCAUAAGCAAGGGCUACGCUUUUACGAUGUGUAGCAACGGCAAGGAGGUCAACAUGGGCUCCGUGGCGUUUGGCACGAAAUGUGUCAACGGGGCGAUCAUGCACGAAUAA